UCAUCGCGGGCGGCGGGGCUGGCAGGAACUGCCGCGCUAUGUCUCCAAGUGCUCCUGUGCCUGCUCAGGGGCCGCUUCCGACGCGCCGCGGGGCUUUCCACCCGGCUCUGGAAUAGAGGGCGAGGGGAGCCGCCCGGGGCAGGGCUGGCCCGAGCGCAGGGGGCGCCGAGAGCCGAGCGGGAGGGAGCCGGGUUUGCAAACCACCCAGGACGCUGGAUUUGCGGCUGGCCCGGUAGAAGGGGGGCGGGGGAAGCCGGGAGUGGUGCCUGGGCUUGAAGCGGAGCCUCCGUGGCUUUUUUUAGCGCGCGGCGCGGCGCGGCGAGAUGCUGCGGCUGGAGCUCUUCCUCGGCUUGGCGUGGCUGGCCGGGCUGGCGUGCGGGCAGAACGAGACGGAGCCCAUCGUGCUGGAGGGCAAGUGCCUGGUGGUGUGCGACUCCAACCCCACCUCGGACCCCACGGGCACGGCGCUGGGCAUCUCGGUGCGCUCGGGCAGCGCCAAGGUGGCGUUCUCCGCCAUCCGCAGCACCAACCACGAGCCCUCGGAGAUGAGCAACCGGACCAUGCUCAUUUACUUCGACCAGGUGCUCGUGAAUAUCGGAAGCAACUUCGACUCGGAAAGAAGCACUUUUAUAUCGCCCAGGAAAGGGAUUUACAGUUUUAAUUUUCACGUGGUGAAGGUGUACAACAGGCAAACCAUCCAGGUGAGUUUGAUGCUAAAUGGGUGGCCAGUGAUUUCCGCCUUUGCAGGUGACCAAGAUGUGACCCGAGAAGCUGCCAGCAAUGGAGUCCUGAUUCAAAUGGAGAAAGGAGACAGAGUUUAUCUAAAACUGGAGAGAGGAAACUUGAUGGGAGGCUGGAAGUAUUCGACAUUCUCUGGAUUUCUAGUAUUCCCUCUUUAAAUAACUUAUCAUCUGAACAGAGAGAAAGCAGCAAGUCAGAGAAUUUCUUAUGAAUUCCCAAAUUGUAGCUGGGUAUGAAAAGCCUUGGACAGCAAACUUUUUACAUUCAAAUAUUAAAGAAGCUAAAUCCUGCUUAGGUUUGUGUACAACUGCUUUGAACAAUUAUUUUUGUUGUUGCAGCCAACAGAUAGGAGACAAUAUAAUUGAUCAUAUCUCCAUUUAUAUUCCCCUCUUUCCACCCCAAAUUAGUUAAAAUCUGUGUAUCACUGGUGUAAUUUGCCAUCAUUUCCCCAGUGGUUCCUGUAUCACACUAUUAUAUCUUCACUAUUUACAUUGUUCUUCAUAUUUUGUAGUUUUGUUUUUAAAACAUGUUAUUCUUGACUCUUUAUCUGAGUUUAACAUUAAAAAAGCAAAGUAUUUUUGAGUACAUAGAUGCCACGAUGAAAGAUAAAAUGCAAAUCUUGCUGAAUACUGGCUGACAAAAGUUAAAAAAAAAAAAGAGAGAGAUAAAUUUAUACAUGAAGAACUAUUCACAGCCAAGGCUGACCAGAGUAUUUCAAUAUUUCUAUGUAAUUCUGAGUGAUUGUGGAAUUUAAGGCUGCUAAAUGUUUUGAUGCUUGUUUAGCUCUUGUAAAAUGUGGCCCAACUAAACUCCAGGAAGUAUAUUGAACUUUUACUAUUAUUCUGUAAUAUAUGUGUGAAUAUCGAAAAUUAAUUUUGCUUUAAUUCAAUAAAGUUUAAAUGGGAAUUUAUUAUUCUUAAACAGAAAAUACGAUCUCUCAAUGGAAUUAUUAGCCCCUUAUCAGGCUUAGAAAAAGUGUAACAAGCUGCAGGCACAAACACUUGUAAUGGUGAUGAUCUGGACAAUAAGUGAAGCAAAAUGUAAUUUUGAAGCUCUCUUGUCUUGCUAAAUUUUCCCCCUUUUGCAAGGGUUAGUCCUGCCUUUUUCCCGCCUCUAGCGCUGUAUCCUCCAUGUGUUACGCGCUAUUUUAAAUUGUAUUAAAAGAGUAAAUUUCAGCAGAUCAUCAUCAACCAAACGCAAUUUAAACUCUAUGGUUCAGAUCGCCCUAAUGAUUAAGUACCCCAAAGAUGAGAAAAAUGAAAACCAGACUCCGCUGUCGCUGAGAAGUCGCCCACAGAAUCUUAGAUCUGUAUUGUUUAUACCAUUGUCUGUAUUAUAUUCUUAAAUCAAAUCUCAUUUUAUACAGCCGUCUACAAAUCUAACAAUGUAUACUUCAAUGCUAGUAUUAUUUAUUUGCUAGUAUUAUUUUGUUUACAGUCUUUGAAAGAUGUAAAUGCUAUAAUUUUGCAGUACUCAAAGAGAAUACUACUUUUAUUAAAAAGGUACGUAAAGGAUUUUGAUUGUAUCUAAAACUAAUGUGAAAUAAACCAGUGUAAUAAACAAAUGGACCUCUUUUUGACUGGA